AUGUUGAAGUUGUGGCUCGGGCUCGCUCUAACGGCUGAUUCAUCGGCGUUAUUUAGGGGAAGCAAUAGUUUUGGGAUGAGUCUAAAAAGGCCAUCGGAGCUCUAUAAACACCUAAGAGUUUCCAAGAGAUAUAUCCUGGGGAAAUCCCAUGAUGACAUAGUGACAUCGCUCCCAAAAGAUGAAGAUGCCCCCGAGCUAGAGUCACGACUUCAAUUCCAUAAGCAAUUUAUGAUAGGAGCGCAAAGUAACAGAGCGGGGUUAGGAUCAAAUAGGAAAGUCCAAGAUGCGGAUAUAUUGAAGUCUUUUAUUCGGCAAGACGAGAAUGAUAAAUAUAAGAUCCAUGCAAUGAAUUUAGAAAUGCAGAACGAGUGGUUAGACAUAGGAGAUUUUUGCAUCCCAUUAGCAUUAAAAUGGCGCACUUUAAUUUAUGAUUGGUCGCCAGCAUUGCUAAAAUUCUAUCUCAAUGCGUUCCAGAUGACUCUCCCAGAUCAGAGUAAUUUAGUAAGAUGGGGUAAAAGUACCGAAAAAACUUGCUAUAUCUGUGGAAAGGCAGUUGGAACUGCUAAGCAUCUGCUAGUGGGAUGUAAGGUACUCCUUGACAGCGGUCAAUACUCGCGUCGUCACGAUAGGGUUCUAGAAGUCAUACGUGAAGCGGUUAGUCUUUCGGUAGCCAGAGCGCAAAAGGGAAUAACCACAAACGAACGAUCAGUAGGUUUUGUGAGAGAAGGCUCUAGGGCUACAAAAUCAAACGUCAAGCCUUACUCCAUCCUUAAAGCGGCGUCGGAUUGGACUAUAAUGAUGGACACGUAUGAAAAACAAUAUAAAAUCCCCGAGGAUAUUUGUGCGUCGGCCUCCAGACCGGAUAUAUUUUUGUUUUCGCGAAUUUUGCGCGUAGUGAUGAUAGAGCUUACGGUCCCUUGGGAAACCAACAUCCCCAAAGACCAUACCAUCAAGGUCAACAAAUAUUACGAGCUCACAAACGAACUCACUCGAAAUAGGUUCGUAGUAGAUUUGUACGCGGUAGAGGUGGGAGCGAGAGGUAUAACAGCGAAAUCUCUCUAUAACCUACUAAAGGACUUGGGCUUGUCCAGAACUCACAUUAAUGCAUUCUUGGAACGUACAUCGAAGGCAGCCCUAGUAGGUUCUUUUCAAAUUUGGUUAGGUAGGGAGAGGAACUUGGACAGUGGAGGUGAGCGUAUAACGCGCGUUAGUUAA